AUGGCUAAACUCACAGGCCAAGAAGUCUCCCAGCACAACAAUAAAGAUUCGUGUUGGGUCAUUGUGCACGGAAAGGCAUAUGAUGUCACUGAAUUUUUACCUGAACACCCCGGCGGCCAGAAGAUUAUCCUAAAAUACGCCGGCAAAGAUGCAACCGAGGAAUUUGAACCCAUUCACCCUCGCGACACCCUGGACAAAUACCUGGAUUCGUCCAAGCAUUUAGGCCCAGUUGACAUGUCGACGGUGGAACAUGAUGAGAAAGUGAAAGACCCCUUAGAGAUGGAGCGCGAGGAGCGUAUCAAGCGCAUGCCGGCGCUUUCUCAGUGCUAUAAUCUGUUGGAUUUUGAGUCCGUCGCUAGACAGGUCAUGAAGAAUACGGCAUGGGCUUAUUAUUCGAGUGGUGCUGAUGACGAGAUUACAAUGCGAGAAAAUCAUACCGCAUUCCACAAAGUCUGGUUCCGCCCUCGCGUCCUUGUCGAUGUCGAAAAAGUCGACUUUUCAACCACAAUGCUUGGAUCAAAAACCUCUGUUCCAUUCUACGUGACUGCCACCGCACUUGGUAAAUUGGGUCAUCCCGAGGGUGAGGUCGUCCUCACCAGGGCCGCUCAUAACCAUGAAGUCAUUCAGAUGAUCCCGACUCUAGCAUCAUGUUCCUUUGACGAAAUUGUUGACGCACGUAAAGGCGAUCAAGUGCAAUGGUUGCAGUUGUACGUCAACAAGGAUAGAGCAAUUACAAAGAAAAUCGUCGAGCAUGCCGAGAAACGGGGCUGUAAAGCGCUUUUCAUCACAGUUGAUGCACCGCAAUUAGGUCGACGAGAGAAGGAUAUGCGUGUCAAGUUUUCGGAUACCGGGUCAAACGUCCAGGCAUCUGGUGGUGAUAGCAUUGACCGAUCACAGGGUGCGGCACGUGCCAUUUCUUCAUUUAUUGACCCCAGUCUCUCAUGGAAGGAUAUCCCCUGGUUCAAAUCCAUCACCAAAAUGCCCAUCCUCCUCAAAGGCGUGCAGUGCGUCGAAGACGUGCUACGUGCCGUCGAAGCCGGUGUUCAAGGUGUCGUCCUCUCCAAUCACGGCGGCCGACAACUCGAUUUCGCUCCGUCCGCUAUCGAGAUCCUCGCCGAAGUCAUGCCCAUCCUCCGCGAGCGCGGCUGGGAAAACAAAAUCGAAAUCUUCAUUGACGGCGGCAUCCGUCGUGGAACGGAUAUCAUCAAAGCUCUCUGCCUGGGCGCAACGGGCGUUGGUAUCGGCCGUCCUUUCUUGUAUGCUAUGUCCACAUAUGGCCAAGAAGGUGUUGAACGCGCAUUCCAGCUCCUCAAAGAUGAGCUGGAAAUGAAUAUGAGAUUGAUCGGCGCUGCCACCGUGGCAGAUUUGAAUCCUACUAUGGUGGAUACUAGGGGUCUAGUGGGCGGUCAUUACGCUGCGCCCUCGGAUACCUUGGGAUUGAAUGUAUAUGAUCCAUUGGUGACGCCACGGUUUGCUGAGAAGUCGAAGCUUUAG